AUGUCGAGUCAGAACAUCUCGGAAUACGAGAAGGACGUCAUAGAGAACCGGUCCGACGGUGAAAAGAAUCUCGAACAUACUUCGUUCCCGGAACUCAAACAAGUCACCAGCAAUGCGCUGAGCAGGAUCACCUCGCGCCUCAGCGCUCGAGAUAUCGUCGAUCCCGGGCCCCCUCCAGACGGGGGCUUCAAGGCAUGGCUUCAAGUCGCCAUGGGGUGGGUUGUCUGCUUCUGUACCUGGGGAUACAUCAAUUCGUUUGGCGUCUUUCAAACUUAUUACACCGAGAAGUUGGGCGAAUCUCAAUCAACCAUCUCUUGGGUGGGUUCCGUUCAGCUGUGGAUUGUCUUCUUCGUGAGCACCUUCUCAGGUCGGGCACUCGACGCCGGGUUAUUCAUUCCGACCUUGCUUAUUGGAUCCAUCGUCCAAGUCAUCGGCAUCUUUAUGACGAGUCUGUGCAAGGAGUUCUGGCAGCUUGUGCUUGCCCAAGGCCUCUGCACAGGAUUGGGAAGUGGGAUAUUUUUCUGUCCGACCAUGGGCCUUGUAACGACGUAUUUCAAGAAGAAUCGAGGACUCGCUGUUGCCAUUGUGUCGACCGGCAACUCGGUGGGUGGCGCCGUGUAUCCCGUGCUUGUGCGCCAGCUUCUUCCGACGAUCGGAUAUGCAUGGACUAUUCGCGUGCUGGGGUUUAUGAAUCUGGGAUUGCUCUCGAUGGCCCUGGCAUUCAUGCGUCCGAGAUUGCCGCCUCGAAAAUCCGGGCCGAUUGUCGAGUGGAGGGCGUUCUAUGAAGUGCCAUAUGUCUGUGUUCUCCUGGGCAUGUCGCUCGUCUUCGGCGGGCUAUUCUUCUCCUACUAUUUCAUUGGCUCUUUUGGUCGGGACGUCCUGAACAUGAGCUAUUCCAACUCACUGAUCUUGCUCAUCAUCUUCAACGGGGCCGCUGUACCAGUUCGACUUGUCACGGGCUUCAUUGCGGAUCGGUUCAUGGGUCCCCUGAAUGCGAUGGUCCCGCUCCUCUUCAUCAACUCGCUUUUUGCAUUUAGCUGGAUUGCAGUAAAUUCGCAAACCGGCAUGUAUGCGUUUGCAACGUUCUAUGGGUUCUCAGCGGGCGCUUUUCAGUGUCUCUUUCCGACAACGGUGACGAGCUUGAACAACGACUUGAGUAAAAAUGGUGUCAGAAUGGGUAUGGCGUUCUCGUUGUUCAGUUUUGCAGGACUCGCUGGACCUCCUAUCGGAGGGGCAUUGUUGACGACGAACGGGGGAGGACGAGGCGGAUAUCUGGUGGCACAGAUAUGCCUCGGUGUACUCACCGGGUUGGGUGCUUGUUUGAUGUAUGCCGCCCGCGUGUAUAAAGUCGGUUGGAGUUGGAAGAUAAAGUGUUAA